AUGGACUCCCUUUACAAGAAUUGGUCGCCUCCAAACUUGGCACCGCAUGAGAAUCUGCAGCCGCGCUCAAGACAUUCGCCCUUGCCCACCGUAGUGGCACAGGCGCCAUGUUCCUGGCUGCGUCGCCAUGCUAUUCACAGACGCUCGCAGAGCUGCGGACGUCGUCAACUCUUGCAGGACUUUGAUGAUGCAGCUAAUCUAACUCGGAGCUCCUCGAGUCCAUUUCCCUUUGUGCCAGAAAUAAGCAGCACUCAAAACUGCAGUGAAAAGGCUCUUGAGAAUCAACCAGCGUCGCAGCCACAGCCACAGCCGGCGUCAGAGCCACAGCAGAUGAAUAGAUCAGCUGUGGGUUCAGACUUUUCUGCUGAAAUCGCUGAAAUUUGUGAGAAACGGCUAGCUUUAUUUCAAAAUAGUCUGAUAGGCAUCGGAUACGAUCGAGAAGAGACCUAUGUCUGAGCAAUUGCAGCAAUCGCGAUCGUCGCCAAAUAUUUCAUACUCGAAAGACGACGUGCUCAAGGCCAUC